AUGGGUGCUUUAACUUUCAGAGGUUUUGCACAUGUGGGUGUCUUCAAAAAUGGUCUCUUCAUCAUCACAAGGUCUUCUCGCUUGGCUUCCCGAAUCAUAGAAUCAGAUGCUUUCAGUUGCUUCGCUCUGUUGAGGUUCAGAUACCCAAAGCGGGCCCUUUUUCACUCUUUUGCUUCCUUAAUUAGAUACAAUCUCUCCUUGCACUUAUCAGUACACAGAAAACUCUCCCCUUUUAACUAUUUAUUUUCUCUCUCUCUCUCUAUAUCUAGUACUCAAAAGGGGGAAAAAAGAGAAAUAGUAUCUGAAAUGAAAAGUAAACAACAACAGCUGCGAGGUGAAGAUCUGCAUGCAGGGGAUAGAAAUGAAGCAAACCCUUCAGAGUUUGAUGCUGUUGAGAUGGAAAGAGGGAUGGGUACUGAAGAAAGAGAGAUCUGGCUUGACCAUGAACAGCAAGAUGACUUUCUUGAUGUUAACGAUGCUUCAAUUUUCUAUGGCGAUUUCCCUCCUCUUCCUGAUUUCCCUUGCAUGUCUUCUUCCUCGUCUUCUUCGUCGACUCGGGCACCUGUUAAGGCCAUUGCAUGUUCUUCUGCUUCUACGGCAUCGUCUUCUUCUUCCGCGGCUUCUUGGGCAGUUUUGAAGUCAAAUGCUGAUGAAGAUGUGGAGAGAAAGAACAAUGGUUAUUGUCAUCAACAUCAACAUCGUCAUCAUAAUCAUAAUCAACAUGAUCUGGUGGAUGGAACACCAGCAGCGUUAUCUUCCACCACCUCCAUGGAGAUUCUUCAGCCGCCAGAUCAUAAUGUCAUGGAUGGUGGUGUUGAUUGUAUGGAUGUUAUGGAGAAUUUUGGGUGCAUGGAUCUGCUUGAUAACAAUGAUUUUUUCGAUCCAUCUUCUAUAUUUCACCAUGACGAUACUGGGCUAGAAGAGUUUCAGAAAGAGCAAAGGCCACAGCAGGAACAGUCGCAACAGCUGGAGCAAGAAGCACAAAUGAUAUAUAGUAAAACUGAAGAUCAGACCCAAGAAGAGAAAGCUUCAGAUGAUUUAGCCAUGGUGUUCUUAGAGUGGCUAAAGACAAACAAAGAGACAGUUUCGGCAGAGGACUUGAGGAGAGUUAAAAUCAAGAAAGCUACCAUAGAGUGUGCUGCCAGGUGUUUGGGUGGAGGAAAAGAGGCCAUGAAGCAGUUGUUGAAGCUUAUUCUUGAAUGGGUUCAAACUAAUCAUCUGCAAAAAAGACGCAUCAAAGAAUCACCUUCCAGUAAUAAACUUGAUCUUCCCUAUCAAUACCAUGACCGUUUUCAAAACCCUAACCCUAUUCCAAACCCUACCUCAAACCCAAACCUGAAUUGCAAUUCUCUCCCACCAUCUGAAUCAAACUCUUGUUUUUCUCAGCCACUCUGGAUGCCACAAGCAGGAUAUGUAACCGAGCCGGCAGCAGCGGUGGUGCCAGGUUUUGCACCAAUGGUAGGGUAUAUGGGUGACCUGUUUGUAAAUGGAGCUCCUAAUAUUAAUAGCCAUCCUUACCAGCCUCCAAUCGAUUAUCAAAGGCUGGAAUCGGCUCAAACAUGGCCAGCUUCACAAUUUGCUUUUGCUUCUCGAUACAACUCAUUUCCUGACAGUAAUCUCCAUCCAGCUCCUCCUCAGCCAUCUGUUUUUCCUGUAUAUGGGAAUCAAUAUCAGUAUCAAUAUGUCCACGGGCACAAUAACGACCAAAGGUUAGUAAGGUUAGGCUCAUCAGUUACAAAAGAGGCAAGAAAGAAGAGGAUGGCUAGGCAGAAAAGGUUUGCAUCACACCAUAGAAAUCAAAUUCAUCACAGUAAUCAACAAAGCCAGCACCAAAAUCAGAGCCUUGACCAACAUGCAAGGCUCGUGAACGAUAACUGUGUGGUGGCAGCCCAAGCCAACCCCGGAAACUGGGUGUAUUGGCCAUCGGUUGCUGGCGGUGUAGCUUCAAACCCUCAGGUUCUGCCCAGUGAGGUUGCUAUGGUGCAUCCUGUGGAUCGACCAGUCAUGCAAGAGCAGACUUAUCAGCGGCAGGUGGCAUCAGAUAGACGGCAGGGAUGGAAACCUGAGAAGAAUCUGCGGUUUCUUUUGCAAAAAGUGUUGAAGCAGAGCGAUGUGGGCAAUCUUGGAAGAAUAGUGCUGCCAAAGAAAGAAGCAGAAACCCAUCUCCCAGAACUAGAAGCAAGAGACGGGAUCUCCAUUGCCAUGGAAGACAUAGGAACGUCUCGUGUUUGGAACAUGCGCUAUAGAUUCUGGCCAAACAACAAAAGCAGGAUGUAUCUCCUUGAAAAUACAGGGGAUUUCGUGAGAACAAAUGGACUCCAGGAAGGAGAUUUCAUAGUCAUAUACUCAGACGUGAAAUGUGGCAAAUAUUUGAUACGAGGAGUGAGGGUACGGCAAUCAGGACCAAAAUGGGAGACCAAAAGGCCUGCAAAAUCGCAGAAAAACCAGCUUGCAAAUUCUCCAGCUGCUGCCAUUAAUGGUUCGUCGUCGUCACCUAUCACACAAACAAUAAAGAUUGUGAUCUGUCCUGCCACAUUGGUUUCCCGUCAAAAUGCUAGCGUUGGAAUCCCAACUGCCGAGACAAUUAAGGAGUUUUGGGCGACAUUACGUUAA